AUGCCACCUUCAUCGCCUAAUCUGCCAAAAAGCUUAACAGCAGCCGAUCAACAAGCAUGGGCAAGCUGUCAAGCAUGUUGGGUGCAAAACCGUCAACGAUUGCCCGAGUGUGCGAAAAUAGCCGCAUCGGAGUGGCAAAAGUUUUUCGAUAUCACAGAUACAGACGUAAUGUCGAAAAAAGUGACGUUGGUCGGUAGCUCGUUGACGUGUUUAUGCUCACUUAUCGUUAAUGCGCAACAUAUUUUGGAGGAGGAGUGUAAACCGUGUCCUUACAAAUUGAUAUCCGGAUUAGCGAGUGAGACGUUUGUUUAUGCGUCAGUGUUACAGUGUAAUUCUAAUGGAAAAUCAAAGAUAGUGAUGGAUUAUAAACCUCCAGUUAAUGCUACUACCACUAAGCCAACUACCACUAAGCAAACUCCCACUAGUGUCACAAUACAAACCAUUUCAACAUCAGUAGAACCAACAACUCCACCAAAAUCAAUCCCAGUAAACAACAAUAGCAAUGUUGGUGAUAGUAGCAGUUCCUCGCAAAACACCGAUAGUUCAGCUUCAUCAAAUGGCGGCAGUGGCAGCGGCAUCGGUGGCAGCGGCAUCAGCGUAAGCGCUGCUACGUAUCCUCAAAUAAAUGGCGUGCAUGCUAUCUUCGUGGCUGUUAUUGUUGCGGUGAUUCUGCUUAUACUCUGUCUUGAUAGGCUGAAACAAGAUGAUUUUCGUAAGCUAUUACAAACGCCCCGACCUGGGGAAGCACCUGUAAAGGGUAGUCUAGGAAGUGCAAUAUCAAAGCAUCGGAUUGCUCCUCCUGCUACCCCAAAGGUCACAUUUGCUGACAUUCCAGCUUCAAGGCCAAAGAAAACUCAUUUCAGAAAACCAAUCGAUGCUACUACAGAUUUCGAAACAACCGAAACGAAUAAAUAUCGUGACCGGGCUGCUGAACGUCGUAAAGGCGCGAACCCCGAUUACCAAGAAACCGAGCAAAUUCUAAAAGCAUUAAACAAGAGUGAAACGCUCGAGGCAAAAACCAUCUAUGAACAAUCGAAAUAUUUAGGUGGUGAUACAGAACACACACACUUGGUGAAAGGUCUUGAUUUCGCUUUAUUAGCAAAAGUGCGUAAUGAACUAGAUCAAGAAGGUAGUGGUUCGGGAACAUCAGCAUCUGAAAAAGAUGAUGAGCUCGAGGCAGUUUUAAGACGAUUAAAAGAGGAGACUGAAGAGAAACCACGAAUAAAUAGUCGACUUGCACAAAAUAUCUAUGAUUUUGCUGUUAUCGACGCAAAGAAAAAACCGCCGAAAGUGAAUGAACUAUUUAUCGCUGGUCGUAUGGCGUAUAUUUUUGAAUUGGCUGACGAGAUGGGCGAUUAUGGAGACCCGUUUGCGAUACCUACCACCGUAAUCAGAAGUAAAGCCGACAUUAACGAUAUAAAUGCAGAGGAUAAGACCACGAAUGAUUUAGUGAUUGAAAAGAUUUCACAGCCUGAAGAAGUUCGAAUGGUGAGGUUUGCUGCUAUUGAUGAUUCAGAGGAUAUCUUUGCUGAAGCUGGAAGAGAUUACGAGUCCGCAUCUGUUGAAGAGAAGCUUAAAACAAAAGAUGAAGAAGAGGAGAGUGAUGAAGAUACUGGAUUCGUUGGUCCACUUUUUCCGGCUGCUGCCGGAAAAAGUAAAUUGGAAAAUGAGUUUAAUAAGCCUAAUUAUUUUGAUGAUUACUCUCAACAACAAGAUGAAGAGGAUAAAAUAGACAUCGAUAAAAACAAUAAGCCUAUAGAUUAUUUAAUAGAGCAAGCCUCUAUAGGAAUCAAAGAUACUCACUUGAAAAAGAAGUUAGUAAGCCAUGAUAGUUACGAAGGGGAUUAUUCAACCUAUGGACUUGGUAUGAGCUCUACCAUUAGUGGAACACGAGAAAGUGCUUACGAAUCCGGUCAUUCCGACUCCGACUCUGAUGGUACCAGGGCUGAGCAUACUAUUCGUGAUCAGGGCGUCACGAAGAAUAAAAAGGCACAACUUUCAAGAUGGGAUUUUGAUACGGAAGAAGAGUGGCAAGAAUAUAAGGACAAUGUCACUGCAAUGCCUAAAUCAGCUUUUCAGUUUGGUGUAAAGACGGGCGAUGGACGCAAGACUAGACGUAGUGGCAAAGAAUUAACAGAAAAACAAAAAAUUGAUAGAGAUUGGCAAAAGAUUAAAUCUUAUAAACAACAAGAGAAACGUUGGCCCAAUAAAGGUCGUCAUAUACUAGUCAACUGGUCCGAUGAAACAGUAUUAGUCUACCAAGCAUACCGUCCGUCAAUCGCCGACUACGCCAUACAAAAUCAAAAAUUGGGAGGCCCCGAUUUUUCAAUCACACGCAUGACAUGGAUAAAAACAAAUUUCACAUGGAUGAUGCAUCGAUCAAAAUGGGCAACAAAAGUCAACCAAGAACGUAUUCUCGGAAUUCAUAUAAAACAUUCAGGUUUUCUCGAAAUUCUACGCGCGGCAGUUUCUUCGACAUUUGGUCAUAGUUUUGGAGUCUACGAGAACGAGGAAGAAUGGAAACAAACUGUUAAACAAUCAGAUGUUAUUUUUCAGUGGGAUCCUGAUUAUAAUUUGGAUGACAAGAAAUUACAAAGACGAGCUAUCCAGUUGGGAAUUCGUGGUGAAAUGUUAAAUCGAUUUUUGGAUGAUUUUGUUGUGAGAAUUGAGGAUAUGACACCGUUUGUUAGAGAGACCUUUCAAGAAAAAUUGAGAAUUGAUGGAGAAGGAGGUGAUACAGGCGAUCUUUGCACUGUUGUCGAAAGACCUUAUUUUCCAUUGUCUGAAGAUGUGAAGUCUCGCUUAGGUGUCAAUGAGUGUAUUGUAGAAUAA